UUUCUCCUUUUAUUUGUUAUCGAUACGUACAGCCCAUAAUAUCUCAGAUCCCGUUCCCUCUGUCACUGUCUCUGUGGAGUGGCUCGCUGCACUCGCUUUCUUCUUUACCAUUCUACUUUCGGCGACGGUAGCCUACGGCGUAUCUUCCGAUCAAAUGUACGGCGCCGACAGCGACGACGAAGAUCUUGUGAUCCAUGAAGUCGUCUCCUGUCUCCUUACCGCCUAGCAAAAAACUUCCAGAACUCCAAAAUCAAGUUCGGAAAGGCCUACGCCAUUGAUGAGGAGCACGAUUACAGGUUCCGUAUCUUCAAGGCUUACCUCCGUAGAGCCAAGCGCCAGCAAAAGCUUGAUCCCGGCGCCGUCCAUGGCGUCACGUGGUUAUCCGAUCUCACCGAGUCCUAGUUCCGUACACAUUUCGUCGGAGUGAAUCGGCUCCAUCUUUCUGCCGAUUCUCAGAAGGCUCCGGUCCUUCCUACUGGCGACCUAGGCUCUGACUUCGAUUGGCGUAACCACGGUGCCGUCACGCUGGUCAAAGAGCAGGAUUCAUGUGGCUUGCGCUGGUCUUUGAGUGAGUAACAGCUUGUUGAUUCACGAGGGUACAGGGAAAAAGGGUUUGUGAAAAAUGAAGUCUCCAAAAGCCAGUUCUUGGAGGGACUUGUUUGUAGGGUUUGUGGUGGUGGUUGGCCUGUGGCGGACGGCGUACGGUGCAGAGAAGAACACGACGGCGGUGGUGAAUGUGGGGGUGGUUCUUGAUUUAAGCAAUUGGGCAGGGAAGAUGAGUUUGAGUUGUAUCAAUAUGGCGCUCUCCGACUUCAAUGUUUCUCAUCCUCAACUCAACGCCACGAUCGUUCUUCACGUCGUGGACUCCGAGGAUGAUCUUGUUCUGACCGCCAAUCGAGCGUCGGAGCUAAUACAGAAGAGUGAUGUAAAAGCCAUGUUAGGGCCACAAGGUUCAUUCCAGGCUCGCUACAUUAUCCAACUGGCUGAGAAAUCCGAGGUCCCUAUAAUCUCGUUCUUACCAUCAGCAGCUCUUGGUUUUUCCUAUCUAAAAUCUCCGUACUUCUUCCGCGUACCGUACAACCACUCCUCCCAAUUUCACGCCAUUUCCGACAUCGUUAACUCUUUUGGAUGGAAGCAAGUGGUUACCGUUUACCAAGACGACCAAUUUGGAAAAUCCACUGUCACUGAUCUCAUCCAGGCUUUACAGAUACACAAUGUCCACACCGACAUUCACGGAAUCGACCCCGCAGCUUCUGAGCGUCAAAUUAGAGAAGUGAUUGAGAUAUUGAGUAUGAAGGACACAUCAGUUUUCGUUGUCCACAUGGUUCCUAGCCUGGCGUCUCGAGUCUUCACUAUGGCCGAUGAACUUGGGCUGAUGAGCAAAGGCUAUGCGUGGAUUAUCACCGACGCCACGACAAAUGGCUUAAACUCUAUGUCUAUUUCAACUCUCAGCUCGAUGCAGGGGGUUUUAGGAGUAAAGAAUUAUGUCCCGAGGACAACGGAGCUCGACGAGUUCAUUCUUCGAUGGAGAAGGAAAUUUCUACAGGAAAAUCCAGACAUUGAUGAUCCGAGACUUGAUGUUUAUGGGCUGUGGGCUUACGAUGCUACUUGGGCGCUAGCCAUGGCGGUCGAGAGAUCUGAGAGAGCUGUUGGAACGGAUCCCAAUGGAAGGAAAAUCAUGGAGGCGCUGUCGAAGAUACGGUUCAAAGGAGUGAGCGGGGGGGAGUUUGGUCUGGUUGAAGGCCAACCAGAGUCCCCAAAUUUGCAAAUAGUAAAUGUAAUUGGAGAGGGAGAAAUUAGUACGGUGGGAUAUUGGAAUGCUGAAUUUAACGAGAAUGGUAAACUAAGACCUAUUAUUUGGCCUGGAUACUCCGUUCAAGCCCCCAGGGGAUGGGGUUCAUUUAAUCCAAGGAAAAGACUGAGGAUCGCAGUUCCAUUCAAUAAAGUAUUUAAGCCUUCCGUCCUCAAGGUCCCCAACAUCCUCGGAUACUGUAUGGAUAUCUUCACGGCCGCUGUUAACGAGAUUCCUCAUUUUCCUCGAUAUGAAUUUGUUCCCUGCCGACCUUCAUCAUACGACAGCUUGAUAAUGGAAGUGUAUAGAGGGAGAUUUGAUGGUGCGGUUGGAGACAUAACAAUAUUAGCGAAAAGAUCUACGUUUGUGGACUUUACUUCGCCAUUUACGGAACCUGGAAACGCAGUGGUGGUUCGUGCAAGACAUGACUCGCUGAACCAUGCAUGGCUGUUCUUGAAGCCCUUGACUUGGGACCUCUGGAUCACAAGCUUCUGCUUCUUCGUUUUCAUGGGGUUUGUCGUUUGGAUUCUCGAACAUAAAAACAGUGAAGACUUUCGUUCCGGUCCUCUGUCUCAGCAAAUGGGCACCAGUCUCUGGUUCUCCUUCAGCAUCAUGGUCUUUGCCCAAAGGGAGACAUUAAGGAGCAAUCUAGCAAGGUUCGUGAUAGCGAUAUGGUUCUUCGUGGUGUUCGUCCUAACUCAGAGCUACACAGCAAGCUUAACGUCGUGGCUAACGGUGCAACAACUCCAACCAGUCACCGACAUCAAUCAGAUACUAAAAAACAAUUGGAUUGUUGGGUAUCAAAAGGGGUCCUAUGUUUACGACACGCUGAAGCUCUUAGGGAUAAAAAAAUUGGUGCCUUAUGCGUCAACAGAGGAACUGCAUGAUCUCUUCCUUAAAGGAGGUCGCAAUGGCGGUAUUGAUGCUUCCAUUGACGAGAUCCCUUACAUGAAGCUCCUUGAUGCAGGAUAUCCAGGUUUCUAUACCAUGGGCAAUUCUCAAUACAAUGGUGGAGGUUUUGGAUUUGCGUUCAGACAAGGUUCAUCUUUGGUCGAUGAUAUAUCGAAGGAAGUGUUGAAAGUGGUUCAGAGUGAUAAAAUAAACAAAAUAAACGAGAAGUGGUUUGGGAAGAACAUCAGCUUCCAAUCUGGCAGCAGCGACGAUGGCUCGGAGGCGUCUUCUUCCAGCCUUGACCUCAGUUAUUUUAGCAGCUUAUUUCUCAUCACUGCUUCUGUAUCCAUCUUCGCUCUCACCCUUUAUUUCUUCCGUUAUUUCAUUCGCAACCAAACAUUCAAACUCUAUCUCAGUAACUCUGACUCAGCCACCGUAUGGAGAAGGAUUAAAGCCGCCGCCCCUUCCCUUAUUUUCAUAAUGAAAGACCACGACAGUCGGGAGGCUCGGGUCGGUGUAGAACAACCAUUGGCAGCGGAACCAGUAGCGGAGGCGUCUUUGAGAACCGACAUCCAGCUGCAUAGUCCACCAAGGGUUUGACAAUUCGAGAUUUGGAAAUCAAGCAUGGUCCUUAAUACACGUACCACUGAACUAUAUGUUUGGAUCUUCUCUGUAAAAUGUCAUAAAAGUUUGGUUCAUGGAUAUAUUGUAUUC